GUUUAUUCUUCAGUCCCUUCCCUUCUUUUGUCUUCUCUUUCUUCCGUCUUCCGCUCUCCAUUCUCCAUUUCCUCUCUCUCUCUUUCUCUGCUCGCGCUUUCCAAUUCUCCGAAUGCCUUCUCAUCUGUUUCUUUUCUCUUGGCUUCUUCUCUUGUCUAAGGUUUCGAGGGUUCUGGGCGCUCCAUUCGCCGGAGCGAGCUCGAGCUCCGGUGCGGGAUCGAGCGCCGAGAGCUGGCCCCAUCUAGGGUAAGGACUGGGCAAGGAAGAACAGUAGUGGUGCUGGGAUUGCCGCUCGUCGUCCUCACUAGUUCAACUGGGUGGAAUCUGAGGGUUUUGCGAGGCGCUGAUCUGUAGAUUGCUGCAAGAGCUCGUGGGAGUUUGCUUGCUUCGGGUGUUCGGAUGGCUUUGCUUAGAUAAGUCAAGAAAGGAAGUUCCUUGAGUUGUGGUAUCUGUUGGAUGAUGUUGGACAAAAAUUCAUUGUUUGAUGGGCUUCAUCAUUCGUCAGUCAUUUCUUGUGAAUGCUACUACUGCGUGUGGAAGCUGUUGCUUUAAAUGAGUAUAUGAGUUUCUUCUGCAGUUGAUUCUAGAGCUUUGGGUUAUGAUUGGUAUUAUUAAAUAGCUGUGCUGCAAUUUAGACAUCUGUGAUAAGAGUUCUCUCCACCUUUAAAAUGCCUUCAUGGUGGGGGAAAUCUUCCUCUAAAGAUGUGAAGAAGAAGACAGCAAAGGAGAAUCUGAUUGAUACAUUUCAUCGGUUUAUAAAUCCAACUGAUCAAAAGGGUGUCGUGAAAUCUGGAGGGACUCGAAGACGUAGUAAUGAUAUAACCUCUGAGAAGGGGUCCAGAUCAAGAGUAGAAUCACGAUCAACAUCACCCUCAACACAGGUAUCGCGUUGUCAAAGUUUUGCAGAUAGGCCACAUGCCCAACCACUUCCUCUCCCUGGCUUGUGCUCAGGCAUUAUGCGCACUUCAUCUGAUGUCAGUACCUCAAAGCCAAUGUUGGAAAAACGUGGCAGACCACAGCUGCAUUUACCACUUCCUAGACCAAAUCACAAUCCAAAAAGGCCAGAUCCUACUGAUAUGGAUGGAGAUUUUGCUAUUGCUUCAUUUUCUAGUAACUGCUCCGUUGACAGUGAUGACCCGGCAGAUUCUCAACUUCAAAGCCCUAUAGGAAAUGAUCUUGAAAAUGGAAACAGAGGUAUCGCAAACAACCAGUCCAGUGUGGGGCAUAAAGAUCAGUCUCCUGUGGCUACUCGAAAGAACUCGAGAGAAAUGACAAAGCCAACAAAUUUGAUUUUUGCAAAUCAAAUUCUUUCAACAUCACCCAAGCAGGGUGUUCUGAACAGCAACCAGUCCAAUAUACAUGUACCUCUGCCUGGUGUUUUUGGAAGUGCCCCAGAUAGUUCAAUGUCAAGUCCUUCUAGAAGUCCUAUGAGAGUUGUAUGCCCUGAGCAGAUUCCUGCCUCAGCUUUUUGGGCAGCGAAGCCUCAUGCAGAUGUCACUUUUCUUGGAUCAGGCCAAUGCUCCAGUCCAGGCUCUGGUCAGACCUCUGGGCACAAUUCAGUAGGAGGAGAUAUGUUAGGGCAGUUAUUCUGGCAGCACAGCAGGGGUAGCCCAGAGUGUUCUCCAAUGCCUAGCCCGAGAAUGACAAGUCCUGGUCCUAGCUCUAGGAUACAUAGUGGAACUGUCUCUCCACUGCAUCCACGGGCUGGAGGGACAGCACCAGAAUCACCUACUAGUAGGCAUGAUGACGGGAAGAAGCAAAGCCACCGGUUGCCCCUACCCCCCAUAAAUAUUUCUGCUUCUCCUUUUCCUUCAAACAACACAACAUCAAAUACUACAUCCUCAAUACCUCGAAGUCCUGGAAGGGCAGAGAAUCCCACAAGCCCUGGAUCACGGUGGAAGAAGGGCAAGUUGAUUGGGCGUGGCACAUUUGGACAUGUCUAUGUUGGUUUUAACAGUGAGAGUGGUGAAAUGUGUGCAAUGAAGGAGGUUACCCUCUUCAUGGAUGAUGCUAAGUCAAAAGAAAGUGCAAAGCAAUUGGGGCAAGAAAUAUCUCUCUUGAGUCGGUUGCGUCAUCAGAAUAUAGUGCAAUAUUAUGGAAGUGAAAUGAUAGAUGAUAAGCUUUAUAUAUACCUGGAAUAUGUCUCUGGUGGUUCCAUCCAUAAACUUCUUCAAGAGUAUGGGAAAUUAGGUGAACCAGCAAUUCGUAGCUAUACUCAACAAAUACUUUCAGGCCUGGCAUAUUUGCAUGCUAAGAAUACUGUCCAUAGAGACAUCAAAGGUGCAAAUAUUCUUGUAGACCCAAAUGGUCGUGUUAAGCUGGCAGAUUUUGGGAUGGCAAAGCAUAUUACUGGACAAUCAUGCCCCUUAUCGUUCAAAGGAAGUCCCUACUGGAUGGCACCUGAGGUUAUAAAGAACACCAAUGGCUGCAAUCUUGCUGUGGACAUAUGGAGCCUAGGUUGCACUGUUUUCGAGAUGGCUACAUCAAAACCACCAUGGAGCCAAUAUGAAGGGAUAGCAGCCAUGUUCAAGAUUGGUAACAGUAAGGAGCUUCCAGCAAUCCCUGAUCAUCUCUCAGACGAGGGCAAGGAUUUUAUAAGGCAAUGUCUGCAACGUGAACCAUCUAAUCGUCCUACAGCAGCUGAGCUUUUGCAGCAUCCAUUUGUGCAAACUGCAGCAUUACUGGAAAAAUCUGUUUUCAAUUUUGAACUUUUGAAACGGCCUACGGUGGUUUCAAGUGGGCCAAAUUCCAAGGUAAACUUUCAUGGUGUUGGGCAUGCUAGAAACCUUUCUUCCUUGGAUAUGGAAGGAGUAGCAAUUCACCAGAUAAGGGGUGCAAAGGCUUGUACAAUGAGCAGUGAUAUCCAUAUGAGGAACAUAUCUUGUCCUGUCUCUCCCAUUGGAAGCCCUCUGCUGAAUUCAAGGUCUCCACAACAUAUCAAUGGAAGGAUGUCCCCAUCGCCCAUAUCAAGCCCUAGAACCACCUCUGGCUCAUCCACACCUUUGACAGGUGGUAAUGGUGCCAUUCCAUUUAGUCAUCCCAACCAGUCAGCUUACCUUCGUGAGGGAUUCAUAGGCAUGUUAAGAUCCCCACAUGAUCUGUGUACUAGUGGGACGACCUAUCAUGAUCCCAAGCUUGAUCUUUUUAUAGGGAUGCAGCAAGGCUCUCCUGUUCUUCGAGAAAGGAUGGCAUCUGAAGCUGACAUUCUCGGUACUCAAUUUGGAAGGGCAGGACCUGGAAAUCUCUGGGACCCAUGUGAUAGGCAGUCUGUAAUGGACUAUCAUGUGCCUCAUCAGAUCUUGAGAGAUCCCACAAAACUGAACGUGUCACUAGACCUUAAGCCUUGAUUCUUCCAUCCUUGGCCGUACAAAUGGUACUGAUUUUGUUAAGAGCUGGUCAGCCAGUGCUGGCUUGCUCUGAGCUUAGCAGAUUAUUUUUUUGGUUCUAGCGUGGUUAGAUCAUCUUCAUUUGUGUAGGAAAUCAGUCUUGUAUGAUAAGUGCAUGAAGUUAACCAGAGAAUAAAUUUCUGGAAAGUUGGAGGCUGAAGCAAUGAUCGUGUGAAGUCCGUACCUGCACUACUUUGCAUCGAGUUCGUAUUGGUGCUUCUGUGGAGCUCCACCUAUAACUAUUUCCAUGUGCCGUGACUUUUUUUGGUGCACCUCACGUUUUAAGACCAAAUAUUUCUACAUCCAUAAUUUAGGGUGUGUCAUGACAACAUAGAGGUUAUGGAAUGACUGCAAAUAAAUCUCACUGCAUAGUUUUACUGCUUUUCUUUGUAUUAAUACUUUGUUUAACUCCCUGGUUUUCCACAGAAUAGACAUCUUGUUAACCUGAUGUCAGAAUUCGAAGUUGUAUUAUCUGAUUGAGGAUGGCAUUGAAUGGUUAUAUUAAAACUUGCAGUGUCCAUACAUUGAAUUUUCAACAGUUCAUGGUUGAUGAUAAACUGUAUAUUUGAAACUAUCAUACUGGAGGGGAAAAAAAUCUGGAAAUAGUAGGAUUUGUGCUUGUUUUGUA